AUGACUUAUGUAUAUUAUCUCUUUUUCCUUUUAAUAUGUAUCCUUCUAAAUAAACAAUGGAUCCUAUUAAAUAAAGCGGAAAGCAUAUUUGCAAACAACGAAUUAAAUAUAAGCAGAAUAUCUUCGUCUAAUAAUUUUUUAGAAUCAUCCUUAAAUGCAUUAACGUCUAACAAUCAUAUUUAUGAUGAUAUAAAAAAAAAAAUAUCUAAUAUAGACGUGAAUAAUAUACAUGAUGAAGUUGUGAAAAUAUUGAAGUUUGAAAAAUUAAAAAGUAUAAUAGAUAUAAGAACUACUAUUUUGAACUGCUUAAGUGAAUCGAUUUUACACAUGUUUAGAUCCCUACCUUCUAUUGUUGAAGAAGUUACAAAGUAUAACGAAUUUUGUUCAUCUCUCGAAAGGAAAUUUUCCUUUUUAAGUCAUAUAGAUGAUGAAUACAAAAUAAAAAUAGAAAGUUGUCGAGAAAAUACUACUGAUAAAAUUAUAGAAAAUUAUUUUUUUUUUCAUUUAAAUGACAUAAACACAAUUGUAGGAAUAUACAGAAAUAAACCUAAUAUAAUGUUUUUAAGGUUUAAUGAAAUAACACAUUGCUUAGAAGAGUUUUAUCAGAAAAUUACAAAUCCUUUUGAUGAACAUGUUAAACAUACAGAAUUAUUUAAAACAUUUAUGAAGACAUAUAAGAAACCACCAAAAUCUAAUUAUGUUGAUUAUUUGAAAGCAUUUCUUGAUAGUUUUAAUCCCAAUAUAGAAAGAGAGAAAAUCCUUUUUUUUUUCGACGAAUUGUAUUAUUAUUACUCAGUAAACCAUACGUACAUUGCGUGUUUUUAUCUCUUCUAA